AAUAAAAAGCAAAGAAAAAAGCGUAAACUAUAGAUAAAUAAGACUUAUGUCGCGGACUUUGGUGUCCCGCGCGAAAAUGGGGCAAGGGAUAUGAAAACAAAAACAAAAUAAUUUAGGUUUUUGUAACUCUUUUCUGUGUUUUUAUAAAUUGACCAUGGCUCAACCCAUUGCUAGAAGAUUGCUUGUUGUUGGUGGUUCAGGAUUCCUUGGCUCCCAUAUCUGUAAACUCGCUGCGAACAAGGGCUGGGAAACUGUGAGUUUAAGUCGAAGAGGAGAACCUGAACUAUUUAAGCAAUAUGGUAAACCUGAUUGGGCCGAAAAAGUUCAAUGGGCUCAAGGUGACUCAUUGGAUCCAGCAUCCUAUAAGGAUCUGAUAAAAGACGUGACCAAUGUUGUGCACACUGUUGGUAUCUUAAUGGAAAAUGAUUACAAAAACAUUGCACAAGCACAAACUUUAUGUGAAGCAGCCAGUGGUGUUCCUCGCAUAAUUUUGGGCAUGAAUGAUCAAGGAAAUCCUCUUGAUCCUAAAUCAAAUGAUCGCCCUAGACCUACCUACGAAAUGAUGAAUAGAGAUACAGCCACGACCAUCGCUGACGAGGUGGCCAAAUUAGAUUCCAUUCGCUCAUUUACUUAUAUAUCCGCAUCCGACGUCUUUCCUUUAAUUGAUCCUCGCUAUAUCACAACAAAGAGAGAAGCUGAACGCUACCUUUUCAGACAUGAUGAAUUUAAAACCGUUGUACUCCGUCCAGGCUUUAUGUAUAAUGUUCAAAGACCGUCUGCAGUGCCUAUUGCUGGUGCACUUCAAUUCAUAAACGCAGUGACUAGUCCCUUUAAAAAAGGUAUUGCAAGUUUGCCACUCGGUAAAUUUAUCACUACACCUCCUUUACAGACUGAGCAAGUAGCAAGGGCUGUUAUUGCUGGUAUUGAAACUGAGGAAGCUGGUAUAUUUGAUGUAGAGGGUAUUGAACAGUUAAGCCGUGUUACAAUUUAAAGUUUUAUGCUUGGGUGUGCGUGAUCUUUUUUUUUUUUUUUUUUUUUUUUUUUUACAUGAAUAUAAAGAUGCAU